UCGCCACAUUUCCAUUCAUUCAACAUGGAGACUGAAAGUGCAGAACCAUUUAUUUUCAACGGCAAAAAGCCAGAAAUAUUCCAGCUUGAGCCAACAGGCGAAUUUUAUAUGAUUGGUAGCGAGGUUGGGCAUUAUUUGGGGCUUAUGAAAGGAGCUUUAUACAAGCGUUUUCCUUCUCUGUGGCGACGAAUUCCAACACUAGAAGAACGGAAAAUCAUCCUCUCACUGGACAUCGGUUACACGAGUUUGUCCAAUUCAAACAUCAUGUUAGUGAAAGCCUCUGAAGUAGAUGAAAUAAUUAAAGGGGCAGGAACUAAAUACAGGGACAGGCUCCCAGAUUCGCCGGCUUUGGCUGUUCAAAGAGGUUUUUCUACUGGGAAACGGACAAAUCAGAGCUUAGCGAGUCGAUUUCAGGUGUCGUCGUUUUCACGCGAAACUAUCCAUUCUUCUGUGCAGCACUUGAACGCAGUUUCGUACCAGUCUAGAAUACAACAGAUUUCAGCUGGUAAGAAGUACAGUGUAACGGAGAGGGAGAAACUCAGAAGGAAGAUUCUUCCAAUAAGCUAUGAUGAUCAUGACAUGGGUGCUAUACACGAAGCUGCUGCCCAGCCAGAGGUUUUGGUCCCUAUACGUCUGGAUGUAGAUAUAGAAGGACAAAAACUCAGAGAUACUUUCACUUGGAACAAAAAUGAGACACAGAUAGCACCAGAGACGUUUGCUGAAGUCCUCUGUGAUGACCUUGACCUCCCUCCCAGCUCGUUCGUCCCUGCCAUCGCCCAGGCUAUUAGGCAACAGGUCAAGCAGUAUGACGUGGAGCCGGAGAUCGCACUGACAGAGCAGAAAGACCAGAGAAUCAUCAUUAAGCUAAACAUCCAUGUUGGUAAUAUCUCCCUUGUGGAUCAAUUCGAGUGGGACUUAUCAGAGCCCCAAAAUAGUCCCGAGCAAUUCGCGUUAUCACUGUGUUCGGAUCUGGGCCUAGGCGGAGAGUUCGUGACUGCAGUUGCAUACAGCAUUCGAGGUCAACUCAGCUGGCAUCAGAAGACGUACGCAUUCAGCGAGGCUCCCCUACCCAAGGUUGAUAACCCUGUGCGGUCUGGCCCAGAUAUUGAUAACUGGGGGCCGUACCUUGAGACGCUGACAGACGCAGAGAUGGAGAAGAAGCUGAGAGACCAAGACAGAAACACAAGGCGAAUGCGUCGACUGGCCAACACAGCCCCUGUCUAUUGAAACAAAUACCCAUAGAGUAGUGUAAAUAGCUGUAGAAACUAUAGUCUUAUAUGUUAUGUAGUAUCCCAUCUCCAACGAGUCAAGCCAACUGGAAAAGUGAAGGUGAGGAAGUAAGGAGGUUAAGGGGUUGUUUGGGGUGUUUGGAAGAACCACCCAACUCGACUGGAAGGUCCGCUCAAAUAAAAGCGAAGUACUGUGAACUAGGCGGAGACCGUUUUUCUUAAUUACUAAAGUCCCACCCCUUCCUCUUUGAAAGUCAAAAACAAUUUAUGUUCACAUGAUACAGGAUUCGUAAGUUAAGUUUGAUAUCGAUUCGAUCUGAAAUAAAAUCGGAAAUAAAUGUU